GGGGCGCGGAGAAACGGCCGUUCGCGGGCGGGCGGGCCGCCGCUCUUUCGUUCAUCGCACUUAAGUCACCCCGCCAUGGGAGGCAGCUCCAGUCGCAAAGUGUCCUUCGGCGUCGGCGAAGGGGAGAAGAUCCAUGUGCUGCGGGGCGUCCGGCUCUCUGACGAUUUAAUUAACCGCAUGAAGGACUCUUCAUAUGCUUCGUACCCUGCAGCUAACCCUCCUCUCUACCCUCCGGAAGGGAAGGCACAACUUCCUAGGACAGAGCCCAGGCUCCCCGUGGCUGAGGGUGACCAGUCGCCCUCUAAAGUAGAAGACCAACUGUAUAAAAGGUACGAGGAAGAACGAGGGAUGAUCCGAGAGGAGCUGUUUCGGCUGGCUAAGAGGGAAAGGGAGAUGGCCAGAGAGCACCGGAACAUGUUUCGGCAGCAGAAGGAAAGUUGCGUCAACCAGGAGAAGCAGUCGAAUGCCGAGAUCUACAAGUUAUCGUCACAACAGUUCCACGAAGCAGCAACUCAGGCGGAGAGCUCAAUUAAGCCCCGCAGCAUUGAGCCGGUGUGUGGGGUUCUGCAGUCGGAGAUCCUCCGCUGCUACCGCAAGAAUAAGGAGGAGGUGCUCAAGUGCUCCAACCUGGCCAAGGCAUACCAGCAAUGCGUGAUUGCAGCUCGAGAGAGGACCACCAAUCAUCAGGACACGGGCACCGCUGCACAGAGGCUGCAAGAGUUCCGUGAACCUUGCCCAGAAGCGCCCCCGACGCCCGCCCCUCCACUUAUUCCUUCUAACGUCGGACGCGUCAGAAGCCUUUCGGGAUUGGGGUUGAAGAGUGACCGUCCCUCCUGGCCCGGGGAGUAUCGCGGAGCGGGGGCCCUUCGGGCAAGCCCCCGGCAGUGCCGUCGCCGACCGUGGGGCUGUGGCCGACGUUUCGGGUCAUUUCCCUCGGUAGCCAAGAAAUACCACCAUGCAUGGGCUCUAUUGUAAAAAUUCAAGUGAUGUUAAAAAAAAAAUUGUAGACGCCUCUACCCUAGAGGAAAUAAAAGUCUUGGUUUUCGGUCACUGCCUAAAAA